AUGAGUGAACUCCCAGCUUUGACCCCGGGGGGGUCCUGGAGACACUCAAUCAACAGAGGCUCCCAGCAAUCCCCAGAGGAGGUCCCUGAAGAAGCUUCAAAGUCCAGACACAGCCUAGGCAUCCUGCAUGCCUCUUACAGUGUCAGCCAUCAUGUUGGGCCUUGGUGGGACUUCGCCUCUUGCGGGCAACGUUGGAACAGGCAGAUCCUCAAAGAUGUCUCCUUGUACAUCGAGAGCGGCCAGGUCAUGUGCAUCUUGGGGAGCUCAGGCUCGGGGAAAACCACGCUGCUGGACGCCAUGUCCGGGAGGCUGCGGCGCACGGGGACCCUCCUGGGCGAGGUGUAUGUGAACGGCCGCGCGCUGCACCGCGACCAGUUCCAGGACUGCUUCUCCUACGUGCUGCAGAGCGACACUCUGCUGAGCAGCCUCACCGUGCGCGAGACGCUGCUCUACACGGCCCGGAUGGCCAUCCGCAGCGGCUCCUCGGGCUUCCUCCAGAAGAAGGUGGAAGCAGUCAUGGCAGAGCUGAGUCUGAGCCAUGUGGCAGAUCAACUGAUCGGCAACUAUAACUUAGGGGGUAUUUCCAACGGCGAGCGGCGCCGGGUUUCCAUCGCAGCCCAACUCCUGCAGGACCCCAAGGUCAUGCUGUUUGACGAGCCAACCACAGGCCUGGACUGCAUGACUGCAAAUCAGAUCGUUGUUCUCCUCGCAGAGCUGGCUCGCAGGGACCGCAUCGUGAUCCUCACCAUCCACCAGCCCCGCUCUGAGCUAUUCCAGCUCUUUGACAAAAUCGCCAUUCUGAGCAGCGGAGAGCUGGUUUUCUGCGGGGCACCAGUAGAAAUGCUUGAUUUCUUCAGUGGCUGCGGUUACCCUUGUCCUGAACAUUCAAACCCCUUUGACUUUUAUAUGGACUUGACAUCAGUGGAUACCCAAAGCAAAGAACGGGAAAUAGAAACCUGCAAAAGAGUCCAGAUGAUUGGAGCUUCUUACAAAGAAUCAGCUAUUUAUCACAAAACCUUGGAGAGUAUUGAAAGAACAAAACACCUGAAAACAUUACCAAUGAUUCCUUUCAAGACCAAAGAUUCUCCUGGAGCUCUCUCUAAACUGUGUGUUCUCUUGAGGAGAGUGACGAGGAACUUAAUGAGAAAUAAGCUGGCAGUGAUUAUGCGUCUCGUUCAGAAUUUGAUCAUGGGUUUGUUCAUCAUUUUCUACCUUCUGCGGGUCCAGAACGAUGUGCUAACUGGUGCUAUCCAAGACCGCCUGGGUGUCAUGUACCAGUUCGUGGGGGCCACCCCGUAUACAGGCAUGCUCAACGGCGUGAAUCUGUUUCCUGUGCUGCGAGCCAUCAGCGACCAGGAGAGCCAGGACGGCCUCUACCAGAAGUGGCAGAUGCUGUUGGCCUAUGUGUUGCAUGCCCUCCCCUUCAGCGUCAUUGCCACCAUGAUUUUCAGCAGCGCAUGCUACUGGACUCUGGGCUUAUACCCUGAGGUUGCCAGAUUUGGAUAUUUCUCUGCUGCUCUGUUUGUCCCCCACUUAAUUGGUGAACUUCUAACUCUUGUGCUACUUGGUAUGGUCCAAAACCCCAACGUGGUCAACAGUGUAGUGGCUCUUCUGUGCAUUGCUGGAGUGCUUGUGGGAUCUGGAUUCAUGAGAAAUGUAGAAGAUAUGCCUAUUCCUUUUAAAAUCUUCACUUAUUUUACAUUCCAAAAAUACUGUUGUGAGAUUCUUAUAGUCAAUGAAUUCUAUGGACAGACUUUCACUUGUGGCAGCUCAAAUGACUCUGUGACAGCUAAUUCACUGUGUGUCUCCACUCAAGGAACUGACUUCAUUGAAAGAAUCUGCCCGGGUGCAACAUCUAGGUUCACUGCAAACUUUCUGAUUUUGUAUUCAUUUAUCCCAGCUCUUGUCAUCCUAGGAAUAGUAGUAUUUAAAAUAAGGGAUUAUCUCAUUAGCAGGUAGUAAAAAUCAUUGCUAUGAAAAUGGAACUGAAGCUCCUAGGUGUGCAUGACUGCUCUGAAUGUCUGAAAUAAGAGGGCCACCUGUUUCUUUCUAGAUAGAACAUUUUAAGCCUUUUAGCUAGAGACUCCAUUUGUACCCCUUGGGUCUACAUAGGCUUUGACUGUUAUUCCACCUUGUAGAGAGAUGAUAUUUGGAAAUGUGACUGGUCCAAAAAUGUAAGUAAUAACUCAUAAAGUUAUGGGA